UAUUCUUUUCCUAACAACUGGUGUCCUACGUGAAACAGCCUGCGCCUCACCUGACGGUAACAUCCCUUCCACUGUCACGGCAAGCUUGCAGUCAUUGAAACAACUUGCAGCCUCCCCACUUGUGUAUAAUCCUUUGUGCAGUGAUGAGUGGGUUGGCUUACUGCAAAGUUCGUUGGCCACUAUUCUUGAAUCAGCAAAACCAGCUAGUGAUGUUGAUAUGUGUAGUAUGCUGUUAGCCCUUGCUGUCUUCAUUACAUCAGCUCCUGCCAAGGUUUCCAUGACGACAUCACUCCAAAACCAAACAAUAGAGGUCUUCAAACAAGCUUUUCAUUCUGAUAGACUCACAUUACGCCUAAAAUGUCUGCAAACACUCAGCUCUAUUUUUCAUUGUCCAAACCACGAUGUCAGUGCGCCGUACAUUCACGCAAUUGGUCCCAAGAUUGUGGAAUAUUUGCACAAUAUGAGUGGCAAUCAACGUGAUACUGAAGACGAGGUGCUUGUAGCUAUCGAAGCUUGUAAGACACUAGAGCUGCUCGUUAGCAUAACAGAAGAGGCUUUCA